ACAGUCACUACUACAGUCACUACUCCAGCCACUACUACAGUCACUACUCCAGUCACUACUCCAGCCGCUACUCCAGCCGCUACUACUCCAGUCACUACUCCAGCCGCUACUCCAGUCACUACUCCAGCCGCUACU